GAAAUGAAAUGUGCCUAUGGAGUGUUGAUCAUCGCUAUAUUCUGGAUGACGGAGGUGAUGCCCCUGGCAGUGACGGCGCUUCUACCACUGGUCUUGUUCCCCUUCAUGAGUGUAUCUACAUCUAAGACCCUGUCGUACAAUUACCUCAAGGACACCAAUAUGUUAUUUGUUGGAGGGUUGAUUGUUGCUGUAGCUGUAGAAAACUGGAACCUUCACAAAAGGAUAGCUCUCAGGGUCCUGAUGAUGGUGGGAACCAAACCAAAAUGGCUAAUGUUUGGAUUUAUGAGUGUGACUGCCUUUCUCUCCAUGUGGAUCAGUAACACAGCCACCACUGCCAUGAUGGUGCCCAUUGUACAGGCAGUUCUAGAUGAACUGGAAGAGAGCAAAAAGCAAGAACUGCAGCAAUCAUUCAAAAACCAAGGCAGUGAGCUGGCUGGAAGUAUGGAAGAAAUGGUCCCCCUGAACCCCCCACCAGACCCAGAUGGAUCAGACACAGUCAUUGCUAGCACCAACACACUGGAUGUAGUGGUGAUGCCAGGUAAUGGGUUUGUGAGUGGUAUGAGCAGUACAAAUGAGUUGGCCAUGACAGAAGCCAUGAAGAAGAGCCAUGAGUACUUCAACAACAUGUGUAAAGGGAUGCUGCUGUGUAUCGCCCAUGCUGCUAACAUUGGAGGAACUGCCACAUUGACGGGGACGCCUCCCAAUCUGGUAAUCAAAGGACAGGUAGAUACGUUAUAUGGUUCAGAAGCUGGUAUCAACUUUAGCUCAUGGUUUGUGUUUGCUUUCCCUGCCAUGCUGUUGGCAUUAGCCGUUGCAUGGGUCUGGCUAACUGGAUACUUUCUAGGAUGGAGAACAAUGUUUAACUGUUGUUUUAAAAUGAAAGAGGAGGACAGCUCGGCUGCUGGGUAUACUAUAAAAAAAGCUUAUGACAAUUUAGGACCCAUGUCUUUUGCAGAAAUCGUAGUUUUGGUAGACUUUAUAGCGCUGGCUGUGCUAUGGCUGACCAGAGAACCUGAGUUUGUCACUGGAUGGGGAGAUUUUUUCAAAGACGGUGAUAUAAGUUAUAUCUCUGAUGCUACCUCAGCUAUAGCCAUGUCUGUGUUAUUAUUUGUUUUGCCAUCCAAGAGGCCAAACUUCUUCUGUCUCAGAGCAAAGCAUGAUGACAGCCCCCCAGGACCUGUGCCCCCCAUCUUGAAUUGGUCCACGGUGCAGAAGAAGUUGCCAUGGAAUGUGGUGGUACUGCUUGGAGGGGGGUUUGCAUUGGCCCAGGCCUGCAAUGAAUCGGGUCUGUCCAGGAUGAUAGGAGAAGCCAUGCGGGUGUUUUCUGGGAUACCUGCGGUGGGGAUCAUGCUUAUAAUGUGUAUAGCAGUAUCAGUAUGCACCAACGUCAUCAGCAAUGUUGCCACGGCAACCAUCUUUCUGCCAAUCUUAGCAGAACUAGCUGUAGCCAUAGAAGUACAUCCUCUCUACCUCAUGAUACCGGCAACCAUUACUAGCUCCUUUGCCUUCAUGUUGCCAGUAGCAACACCACCCAACGCCAUUGUAUACUCCUACGGACGGUUAACUAUGAAGGACAUGAUGUUAUCAGGCAUGGUGUUAAACAUAGUCUGUAUGGGGGUCAUUGUGCUGGCCAUCAACUCCUGGGGUAUGGCUUUCUACCACCUGGACACCAUGCCUGAGUGGGCCAGAGGAAAGAUGACCGUCACUCCUAACAUCACCGCUAACACCACACUAGGGGGCGCUGGAGUAUCUGUGGUAGGAAUUCUGUCCGAAGCCAACACCACUGUGCCAUACACGUUAUAAUACAGGAGAAUUUUAGGUGAAUAAGUGGAGAUGGAACAAAGGUGGCCCUUCGCUUCUUUUGCUGACUGUGCUGUGGCCUUAUUUUCAGGGGUAUAAACGGUCUUCCAAUUCUUCUGGGUGACACUGCUUUUCUUUAAAGGCACACUAAUGUGAUUGGCUUGGACUGAUAGAAACCAUGGAAGACUGUCAGUGUGGAUGGAGGAUGCCUGAAUCAUUGGAUCUGUCCCCUGACAUACUGUAUAUUAUAGCCUAAACAGAAACAGAUGAGCUUAACCUGUUUUAAGACUGACAGAGGAAGUAGACUGUAUGUUUACAACCACCAACUAUACUGGAAUAUACAGGGACAGGGGCGGAUCCAGAGAUAUUUUCUGACAGUCUUCCAAAUUAUCCAAAUUAUCUUUGUUGAUCCAUCCUCAA